UGGCUCUCCCGUUAGCCUUCUUUCCGGGGCGACUAGACUUUCCUUACCCACCAAACUUUUCCUUCGCCAAUUAGAAGCAAUGACUGUUGCCCUCACUUUUUCAGCCGAACUGCCAUCAACGAAUCCGAUGGUUCUGCGCAUCGGACACACUCAUUAAUAGCUUUCCUCCGCUACGACAUCAUCGCCGAAGUUCAUUGAUUCAUCAUCCUUAGAUUAGGAAACAUCUCUUGACUGCUUUUCUAUUCAUUAAUCAGUCGUAAGUCUAACUUAUAUCUACACGUACAGCGCGUAGCUAUCUAUAUAUACGAAGUUGUUGAAAUACAGUGAAUAUUUUAAUUCGUUAACCAAGUCUUAUCAUCAGUCCAACCACUCCUGAUCAGUUUUCCUGUCAGGCUUAUUUAUAAUGGCGUUAUUAACGCUAUACUGGUCUCUGUGUGGCAUCUUCAUCUUUUCGUCCCUGUUGGUUGCCGCUUAUUUGUUCGUAAUUCGGAAAUACAAUUACUGGUCUAGACGAGGAAUCAUACAACUUAAACCUACGCCCUUCGUAGGCAACUUCAUGGACUGCAUACUGUCAAAAAGAUCGGGCGCACAAUUUCUCAGUGAUGCAUAUAAUUAUGACAAAGAUAUGCCUUUGUUAGGUUUCUACAUCUUCCACAAACCUUGCCUGUUAGUUCGCGAUCCAGAACUCGCGAAGCACAUUCUAGUGAAGGACUUUGAGUAUUUCGCUGACAGGUACGCGACUGCGGAUGAGAAAAAUGAUCGUCUUGGAUACGCAAAUAUGAUACUGAUGAAAAAUCCAGCAUGGAAAUCUCUCAGGCCAAAAAUGACGCCGAUUUUUACCCCGGGAAAGCUAAAGAAGAUGUUCAUGUUAAUGGCGAUGAUCGCUGACGACCUCGGAAAGUAUCUCGAUUCGUUGCAUUUGGAGGGCGAUGGAAAAGUAAUAGAGUUCAAAGAUAUUUGCGCGAGCUUCGCCACCGACAUGAUCAGUGGCAUUGCGUUUGGCUUAAAACUAAAUUCGUUGGAGAAUCCAAAAACACCGUUCCGUGAAUAUGGCAGGAGGAUCUUUGAUACUAAUUACCAACGUAACAUGGAGUUCCUUACCAUAAUCUUCAUGCCUCAGUUAUCCAAGUAUCUCAAACCGAAACUCUUUGGAAAAAUAGCCACUAAAUUCCUCCAAUCUGUUUUCUGGGAUGUGAUUGAACAACGAGUCGUUUCGGGUCAAAAAAGACAUGAUCUCAUUGAUGUGCUGACAGAGAUCAGGGAGACAUACAAGAGCGACGAAAGGUUGAAGAAUUACAACUUCGAGGGUGACGAUUUAGUGGCACAAGCGGCCAUAUUUUUUGCUGCUGGUUUUGAAACGUCUGCUGCUACCAUGUCUUUCACACUGUACGAACUUGCAAGGAACUCUGAUGUACAGCAGACACUUAGGAAAGAGAUUCUGGAUGCUUUAGAGAAAACUGAUGGUGAAAUCACAUACGAUAUGAUUACGACGCUACCAUAUCUGGAUAUGGUACUUUUUGAAACUCUUCGUAAAUAUCCAUCUGUACCAAACUUGAAUCGGGUUACUCUUGCCGAUUACAAAGUGCCUAAUUCCGAUCUGGUGAUAGAGAAAGGCACCCCAAUAUUCAUUUCGAUAAUGGGUUUGCACUACGAUUCGCGGUAUUUCCCGAAUCCGGAAAAAUACGAUCCACUCCGAUUUACCGAGGAAGCCAAAAGUACCAGGCCAAAUUUCGCCUACUUGCCCUUUGGUGCGGGUCCCCGCAUCUGCCUUGGUAUGCGAUUGGGACUCAUGCAAGCCAAACUUGGAAUCGUACAGAUAGAACUUGGAGUCGUACAGAUUUUGAAGGACUACGAAAUUUCACCUUGUGAAAAGACCAAAAUUCCAAUUAUCCUAGAUCCCAAAGGAAUCAUCACGACAGCUUUAGGAGGAGUACAUCUCAACAUUCGAAAGACUACUGCCGCUGUUUAGACGAAGCUAAAGUUUUGCGAAUCGCGUUAUGCAUUCCAAUUUUCUGCUUUAUUUGUGAUAAAUUAGAUAUAUUUUACUUCCGAAUCGACAAAGUUCACGAAGUA